AUGAAUCUCCUUUUUCCUCUCUUUGCCAGCCUCAUGCUACAGUGUCAGGUGAAAUCAGAAUUUUUGGUUAUAAAGAGAUGUUUAAUGGGCUUUGGGAAGUGCAAAGACAGCUGUCUCACGGAGGAAACGGAGAUACAGAGCUGUAAGACCAAAAAAUGCUGCAUUGGCUCCAAAGUGACCCAGCUGAUUAAAAGCUACCUGCGACACGAAAUACCCCACAUACCCGACCAGGAAAUCGUGGAGAUGAUGAAGAGUGGAAAGAAUGCCAGCCAGGAGAUGAAAAUAAAACUCGCCUUAACCACACUCUCCCAAAUCCAACCCACCAACCUUCUGCCCACUAUCAACUACCCCGUGAAAGGUGUCACCACCAGGUACCAGAGGUGCUGCAUGAAGCGUACCGCUCCUGCCAAGAGAAGCACCAGACAAAGCAGGAAGUCUGCCAGGGCCACCCCUCAGCCCUGA